CAUCUGGGAUAAGGAGAUUCACCUCCGCUGCAGCUCAAGCUGGGUGUCCAAGCCCCUAACCCAAAAAGGGGCUCUGUCUGUUCGUACAGACCUGAUUAAAUGCAGCUAAGGAGGAGUACUAAAUCUCUAAGCCUACCCUGGCAUUCCCAAUCUGAUCUCCUCUUCCUCCAGCCUGCUCUCUCUUUCUCAGUCUUUAUCUCCUGUUUGCCCCUCUUUCAAUUUUCAUCUCUCUCUCUCUCUCUCUCUCUCUCUCUCUCUCUCUCUCUCUGUCAUUGUCCGUGAUGUAGCUGAACCGGGGCUGAAAGAGUCAGCUGCUCUAUGAUUUUUCUGUCUCUCCCUGAAGGGGAUUUCUUUCUCUUUUUUCCCCGCUCCUUCUCUCGCUCUCGCUCUCUCUCAUUCUGAGAUGUGCAGAUGAGCUGUUAGCUGAAGCGGAAGAAGAGCAAAGCAGCAGUAGCAGCAGCAGCAGUAGCAGUAGCAGUGACAGUGGCACAGAAAACGGGGCUGUCGCCACCAAUUUAACCCGAGGGAUUCUGUGCUUUCGUCCCACUAUACGCAGAGCUGAGGAGUACAGUCACUGAAGAGGCACGGGCAUCGUGCAUCCACCAUGCCAGCGUCCUGUGCCAGCGUGCCAGCACCAAUGAAGCGGAGUGUUUGCUCCCCGGAUCUCUCCAUCAUAAAGGAUGAGAUAGAAGAGGGGAUUGCCGAGAAAGAGAGGCGGAGGAGAGGAUCUGGGAUGGAUCCAAAGCCAAAUCCAGCAAAAAAGAGAGUUGGACAACCACACAUUCAGAACAAGACCAGAGACACAGCAGAGCAUGGUCUGAAGGUCGACGAGAGGCUGCGUCUGGCCCGAGAGCGGCGAGAGCAGCAGCAGAAGGUGCUCGCCUCACGCGAGCAGGGCUGGCUGGCCAAGGAGGAACGCGCCAAACGUCACUACGAGAAGCACCUGGAGGAGCGCCGGCAAAAGCUGGAGGAGCAGAGGAGUAAGGAGGAGAGGAGGAGGGUGGCUGUGGAGGAGAAGAGGAGGCAGAGGCUUCACAAGGAGAAGGAGCGCUACGAACAGGUGGUGAAGAGAACCAUGGAGAGAAGUCAGAAUGCCAAACAAAAGCUCAGCCUGCUCUCCAGACGGGCAAAGGCCAAUACCAACAAGGCUCCCCGCUACCGCCUGACUGAGUGGGAGAAGGACCUGGUCAGGCGCCUGCAGACCCCCACCAUUGCCCACCUGGCGCGCAGCAGGAGUGUGGGGGCGCCUGAAGCAGACGCAGUCUUUCAUUGUUGUCGUCGUUCAGCCUCAUGCCACCAGGUGCGUUCCAGCUCUGCCCACAAGGUGGAGUCUUCUAAUGUCACCACCCGCCCCAAGACACCAGCAGUUAAAUCCAACCUCGGUCACACUCAUCAUAAAACCACAAAGGCAGAACAGUAUAAACAGAAAUCAGUGAGUACAGCUGAGAAGAGAAUUUCCCAGAAGAAUCAGAAGAGUCAGAUGAAGGCUGUCCCUGAGAAAGUGAGACCCAGCCCACCUCCCGACCCCCCUCCUGAGAGGCCUGUUUUCCGAGCGGUGAGCAGACGCCCUGCACCACAGCUGGAGGGGUUUCUUCCACCACUUCCAGAGGAGGAGCCAGACCCUGGACUCUACUGCAACACGCCCUCACAGAAUGGGGUAACUGUUGGUGGAGCCACUGAUGUCCAGAGCCACACGGAUGAGAUGACUGUGGAUGGAGGCCCUCAGCGGAUGGAGGAAGGCAACUUAGACACGCCACCGCCUAGCCCAAAUCUGUGCCCAGUAGCCACAGUCCAACUCAAUAUUGGUAGUCAAAACGCCCAGCCUCCUCCAGCAUCCUCGUCCAGCUGCAGCAGGUCCUCAGCGGGCACUAGUGACCCAGAGGAGGCCUCUCGGAUGCUAGCAGAAAAGCGCAGACAGGCCCGCCAACAGAGGGAGGAGAAGAGGAGGGAAGAGUUUGAGAGGCAGGCACUGGAAGAGUUGGCACGAAGGCAGGCAGAGGAGAAUGCCCGCCUGGAGGCUGAAACUCACCAGCGAUUGGAGGAGGACAGAAAGAGGGAGGAGGAGGAGCAGAAACAGAUGGAGGACAAGAAAAGGAGGGAGGAGGAGCAAAAACAGAUUGAGGAGGAAAACACUCGCAGGCUGAAGAGACAAAGGGAGGAAGAGGAGGCUCGCCAUAAGGAGCUGGAGCUGAGGCAACAACGAGAAAAGCACUUCCAGAAGGAAGAGGAACAGCGUCAGGAGAGGAAGAAGCGUCUGGAGGAGAUCAUGAAGAGAACAAGGAAGGCAGACUCUGCUGAGGGGAAACCUGCACCAGCCAGCAGUACUGUGACAGAACCGCCGCCUAAAGAGAACACAGAGCCCGUGGGGAAGCACAGAGAGGACGUCAUCCUACUGUCCGGCCCGAGCCAGGCCAACAAACUGGACCUAGAUCCAAGGGAGGACGUGGUUCCGUCUGUGACCUUCAAAGAACGGCGUUCCCUGCGCACCCUCACAGGCCUGGACCACAUACAGUCUCAGCAGAGAGCGGAGGUCAUCUGAGCACUAUACACCUGGACUAGAAGAGGUCUAAGCGAUCCUUUCACAUUUUAUUCCACCAAGGAUAUUUGUAAGACCUGCACUUGAAGAAAGCACUUAAGAGAUAUUUCCCCAAUAUCACUUGACAGACCUUCUGGUCAGCUUUAGACCCUCUUGGUGGACAUAACUGCCAAUCACAAUCUUUUACAUAGAGGCCUAGAUGAUAGACUGCUAUAAGAUUUCCUUUUUAUAUUUCACAUUUUAUUAGAAUUCUAUUAUAUGCUUGAAACUGUUGCAAUGCUGCUAAUUCUGCCUUAUCAGAACUAGAAAUUUUCCGUUAUCUUCUUCUUCAGUGCUGGCUUAAGCUUUAUCCAUAAACUCACUCCCUUUAGGUGAGACUCCUAUCACGUGUUGCUGCUAAUUCAUCUCAGUUCCCAGUGUGAGAUCUCCCCAUUCUAUCACCAAAUAGUUUCUAUGUCACUGACUGUUGUACUUGAUAAGUAGGAAAGUUAUUGGCAGUCCCUUAAGCAAACACUGAGCUACCUUCCCAACUACAUGUGCCGUGAGUUUAGUUUAUGCAAUAAAAAAACAGUGUAAUGAUAUUGAUAUUGAUAUGAUGAUGACAAGGUAUGUAUACUGUUAUGGAAAAAUCUUUUAUGAAACACAAUAAAAACUCCUCAAAACUGAAAA